CACCAAUAACCCAAGUCAGAAGUCACAAACACGAAGGCACCAAACCACCAAUCCUCUCAUUCCCCACACUUCGUCUUCCCUUUCCUCCCGUCGGAGCUCGGAACCCUACACAGUACACUUCACCGGAGGAGGCAGCCGGAGAUGGACGACGUCAGCGGCGGCGCACCGGGGGCGUGCUCCAAGAACAAGAAGUCGCGGCACCUGGCCCGGUCGCUCACCUACCACCACCCGUACCAGGGGCGCCACCUGCCGCCAACGCCGCCGUCGCCGGCGCCCAACCCGCAGCGCCCGCAGUCAGUGGUCCUCUACACGACGUCGCUCCGCGGCGUGCGCCGCACGUUCGCGGACUGCUGCGCGGUGCGCGCCGCUCUGCGGGGGCUCCGCGUCGCCGUCGACGAGCGCGACGUCUCCAUGGACGCCGCGCUCCGGCGGGAGCUCCAGGGGAUCCUCGCCGCGCGGGGCCGCGGCUUCUCGCUCCCGCAGCUCCUCGUCGGGGGCGUGCUCGUCGGCGGCGCCGACGAGGUCCGCCACCUGCACGAGUCCGGCGAGCUCCGCCGCGUCCUCGAGGGCGCACCCGGCCAGGACCCGGCCUUCGUCUGCGGCGCCUGCGGGGGCUUCCGGUUUGUGCCCUGCAACGCCUGCGACGGCUCCCGCAAGGUGUUCGUGGAGGCGGAGGGGCGCGCCCGCCGCUGCAUCGAGUGCAACGAGAAUGGCUUGGUACGCUGCCCCAAUUGCUGUUCUUGAUCGCUCAGUAGAUGAAUCCACCAUGUUAACAGUAGUACGAGAACCAAAGUUAGACAUGCGGAGAGAAACAAAGAAUUCCUUGUUUCCUUGGCCCUGCACACAUUUGAAGAUUGGGUGUGCUGUUAGUGUUUGGGAGGAGAACGAAUGGUUUCUUGGCCCUGCACUUGUGAAAUCUGCAGCGCGAUGAUCGCACCUGGUGAUUAAGGUGCCAUCUCAAAAUACUAUACAUGUGUUGUGUCUAUGAAAUGUGUCGGGGAACCUUCUUCAUGUAGUAGAAGAUGAACCAGAGGAUUAGAGAUUUAGAGGAUGUACAUAGAAGAAAGGUGGAGCCUUCCUUGUUUCCGUUGCCUGUUGUAUGUUGUAAACCUUGUGGUUGUGUACAGAGUUGGAGAUUGGGUGUGGUGAAUGGCGUUAGUGUUUCGGUAAGAUACCAAUAUGCCAAUAGGGUUAUUGGCUGUAUAGUUGUAUAAAAUCUGUGCAAUGGGGAAUCACAAGUGGUGAUUAAGGUGCCAUCUGAUGUAUAUUUGUGUGUCUAUGAAAUGUAUAUUGAAAAUUGAUGUCUGGAGUGGGUUUGAUCAAUGUAGGUAAUGGAGGCUGUGCUAAACAUUAUUCAUUGUAUAUAUAUCCCCCUAUUUUGCUGUUCUGUUUUA